AUGGAUCUAGUUUCCGCUAGCUCAUCUAGCCACAACGACUCUCGGUAUGCUUACGCCAGCUGGAACAACACUUCAGGCCAUCCCACAAAUCCUGGUACUCCUCAACAAGCUGGGGCCAAAACCCUAAAUGCUUCUACAAUCCACGUUGAAAAUCGUCCGUUCAAGUAUACUAAGCAGACCUUAGACAAUAAAAAAAACAAUAUAAAUUUUGACCCGGGCGAAAAAGGCAGAUGGAAUCAAGCCCAAGAUGGUCAAAACUGGACGAAUCCGCUUGCAAUUAACCGCAGCCUUCCCAAUAAUGAACCGAUAGAGGCAAGGCGAGAGAGUGUGCCUCUAGAAGCACAGAGAGGGCAAGAGAGAAUGGUCCACCAGCAUGGUAAACGGAUUGAUUAUACUCUCCAGGAGCAGCCAGAUAGGACAACCUAUCAACUUUCAGAGAAUGUCAAAAAGGAAAAGAUGGACCUUUUCGUUACUGCUUCGCGCCAAUCUAUUGUCAGCAAAAAAGACUAUGUGUUUCCCAAUGUAAAAAAUAGACAAGAGAUUCAGCUUUCUAUAACCCUGCGGCCAGAGGCAGUUGGACAGCAGAUAAAUUCAGUGGCCGUGGCCAAUUCGAAUCCAGCCUUAGGAACUGUGGCACCUUGGCAGACCAGACCGUGUCCUCAAGGUUACACCGAUUCUCGAAAGCCCCAAUUGACUGAUAAACUUGGUGAUCAUACUGAUGAGGCAGAAGAUAACGAGGCCAAUGGGCUGGUAACAAUCAAGUCCUGGCAGAGAAGUCGCCAACCUCUGGAGGGAACAGGGACCUUGGGUGGCUUGAAGGCCAGCCCCUUGGUCCGGCCAAGUGGAGUGGGCCUGAGUGAAACGAACCAUCGAAAGAUAGGAAAUGGCCACUGGUACGCCAAACCUCUCGAGCAGUGUGAAAACGCACUUGCAGACGGGUUCAACGAGUCACCCUCUCCGACCAAAGGUCAGCAUCACCAGCUGCCUAGCUGGCAGCAGCGUAAGAAGUACUAUAGACAGGGGCCGGCAGGCGCAAACGAGUACCAUCGUCUUAGUCAGGAGACGGAUGAGGCCAUUCGAGGGACGCAGUUAGCCAGACCAUAUGGUCACUACGAGAAGCAGCGUAUUGGGAAGAGGGCUUAUCAUCAUAGGGUCUACCAACAGCACGAGCAGCCUAAACUUGAUCGAGAGUCAUGGAUCGCUGGGGAGGAAGGAGUGGAAAGAGCAGGAACAGAGUUUGCUGGGGCAUUCGUUGAGGGCCAAGUGGAGGUAGUUCAGGCGCCUGUGCUUCCUUUGCCCAGUCAGGCGGAAGAGGUGUGCUUACUGCCUCCUGGCGAGGUGACACGCUCAACCAGCCUGAGUCCGUCUCGGGUGAAGGUGCCGUCGCAAAUCGGUACAUGCUGGCCGGAGCAAGGCUCAUUAGUUAAGGAGGAAAUUGGCUCCCCGUUAUACUUGCGCAGCCGGAGCAGUCAACGUGGUUCGGAUCGUCAUUAUAAGCAGUUGAAUAAUUCCCAAAAGCGCUACAAAAAGAACGCCACCUCGAGGUCCCUGUCAAGGUACCGUACUACAGACCUAGAUUCUGCAAUGGCAGAAGCCUCCUGUGCAGAGGACCGCGAUCGGAUGCAAACAAAACGAGAGCGUAUCUCCGACCCGGAACAGAACAAGGCUUCGACAUCUGCCUCACUGUACAAUUUGACCCGACACAACUACUCCAUGUCAACGGUGGUUGGCGCCAUUCCACCCGAGUCUCCCUGCUACUCGGCUCAUCAGUGUUUCUCCGGAGCACGUUCCUACACGUCCCUGCUUGAGACGAAUAUUGACACUGGAGAGAACUUUGAGUUGCCUCUGGUAGUGAAUACAAAUGUGGGCAGUUUUAGAGACGUGGAAGCCGACAAUUCCCGGCGUCACAACCUAUACUCCAGCACUCCGCUGGGACACCACCUCGAGAACGCAGGCCGGAAUGACUGGCAGGCAGGGGAAGAGGUUGCCACUGCGAUUCCUCCAGUCCAUUCGGCAGCAAAUACGGCCGAUGAGAGGGCCAGAAGCCUAUUCAACCUAAGCUCGAUGCAAACUAGUGGCCAAUACUCCGGGACGCCGUCCUACGGUCGCUCAGCCAUGCCUGAGGUGGCGGCAAACUCGGGGUCCAGACUGCCUCAUGGCUUCUGUGGGACGGUCGGUCAAGGCGGCAAGUCGUCGUCGGGCCAGCCUUGGCAGAAGGCCAAGAGCAUGCAGGGGCUGCUGCAUGGUGAUGCAGCGAAUUAUCCAUUCGGCACACACAUUUCGGGCAGCCAAGAGGUGAUGCCCUUCAGUGGUGCCGGCUGCCAUGGCGGUGUUGACAAGGGCAAUGCUUCCGGCUAUGGCUUGACCAAAACCAGCUCCCUAAUCGCCAAACUGCGGGAGCGGGCUCGUUCGAGCUACGAGCUUCGGGUGGCUCAGUCUCUGAGUAAGUUAGACCUUCCCGAAUGGCUGGAUAAAUACGACUUUGAAGAGGCGCCAUCUUCACUUGGAGGCCGAAUCACGGCGUCCCGAUUCUGCAACGCUUUGGGAACGGCGGCGGAACAGACGCAGGAUAACCAGAGUUUCGAGGAGGACCUGCGCCAAGUACACGCCGCCUCGUUGGCCCUCAGCCAAGCCUCGUUCGCCAACAUCACCUUGCCCUCAUUCCGUUACGCGUCACCCGCUGCUGCUGGCAGCUCACGCUUCCUAGCCAGCUACUACAAACGCCACCAGCAACAGACACUGCAACCGCUGCGUAGCCCAACUAGGCUGGGCCCUCUGGACGCCCGCACCGCUGACGCAGGCGCCGCG